ACUUGCUACAUUCCUUCAUUACUAUUUCCAAGGAAGGUGUUUUCCGGACCGUUAGUGCCGCGCUUCUCUGUGAACAUACUCGCCGGUCUCUGGUUAUCAAACAUACACGCAGAAUGGAGGCGUUUGCGGUGACGCUAACCCUGUCUUCUGUCUCGCUUUCUUUCUUUCGUUCCGCCUAAACGUUGCUGUUGAUUCAAGUGAGCCCUGUUACACAGUGGCUGAAACUUUUGGACACUCUGGUAGAGGCACGAGAACGGCAAAACAUAUUUUCAGAAGUCGUACCAGGAGAUAUUCGCGUCCUGAACGGACACGAAACAGCUCAAGCUGGGGAGUUAUGUUUUCGUAUAAAGAGGGCAUGGCCAACAGCGAUAAAACUCAACUCGUACUCGACGAUGAUCCUCCAGGCUCUCGCAGCGACUUCUCUGCUGCUCUUGUGGUUCUUGCAUCGGAUUUUCGCAGUCCCUGCACAUCUGAAGCACCUGCCUACCGUCCCGUUGUGGCCGUGGGUCUGGAGCUACCUAACGGCGAAGCCGGACACUUAUCGAUGCCAACGUUUCUUGAUUCCGAUGAUGGACAAGUACGGGGAUGGGCUUGUGCUCACCUGGGUGGUGGGUCAAUGGAUGGUGCAGGUGCUGGAUCCGAAGAUGCUUCAUCACAUUCUCAUGAACCAAGGAAAGUUCAUCAAGAUCACCCCCGGCAAAGAGACGAUGAUCACCGAACUCAUCGGUACGGGCAGCGUCAUCUUUGCGUCGGGCGAUGACUGGAAGAGACAAGCACCGGUCAUAAAGCAGGCAUUCUCCCUCCCGCUCCCGAUCCCUGCGUUUGUAGCGCUCGCAAAGAAUGCUAUCGACGUCGUCAAGAACACGAACACGAUUCCCCGCGAAGAUGCAACGCACAGGGUGCGGUGGUCAGACCUGGCGCAGCGCAUCGCGCUGGAUGGCCUAGGCCUUGGUCUAUACGGGCACAACUUCGACGCCGUGCGGAAACGCUCAAGCUUCGCGGAGGAUUAUAAGAAGCUGAUACCGGCGAUGUCGAGCCCACCGUACGUGCUGUUUCCGCAGCUAGAGCGGUUAGUCCCGCGGCCCGAGGAGCACGCACGUCUGGACCGAUUCGUGGGCUCACUAGUCGACCUCCUCCACUCGAAGAGAGACAACCCCGGAAACGACAUCAUGACGUUCCUGUUGAACAAUCAGGAGUUGACCGAGGUCGAGCUUAGGGAUAACAUGGCAACACUGUUUUUAGCGGGGCACGAUACCACGUCAGGUGCCAUGGCUUCCUUCAUGUAUUUCCUCGCGAAAAACCCAAAGGUCCAGCAAACCUGCCGAGCUGAAGUCCUCCGCGUGCUCGGCACAACCGCGGACCCGACACUGGCGACAUUGGGGCCUGACUCGCUCCCGUACCUGCACGCGUGUAUUCACGAAACAUUGCGUACCAACCCACCCGGGUCGUCAACCACCCCGCGAACGGCACAGGUAGACGUCAUGCUCGACAAGUACCUCAUCCCCGCGGGCACCCCAUUGGUGAGCAACAUCCACGCAAUGCAACACAGCGCGCGGGUAUGGGAGGAGCCAGAGGUAUUCCGUCCCGAGCGCUUCCUCACCGCGGAUGGCGGUGCAGAGGACCACAAUGCCCAGGCCAAAGGCCAGGCAUUCGCCACGGCUGCACUUGGAGAGAACGACGCCAAGGCGCGGGAAGACGUAGCAACCGUCUUAAAGCUGAAGGAGCGCUGGAUGCCGUUCUCAGUAGGUCCGCGCAAGUGUCCCGCGCGCAACUUUGCGCUGUACGAGAUGCGGACAGUAACGGCGAUGUUUCUGAGGGAAUUCGAGUGGACGCUGCCGGAGGGGUCUAUACACGAGGAUGAAAUCCAGAACUCGUUUUUCGCCUUCUCGUUAUCUUUGCCUCAUGAUCUGGAUAUCACGUUCCGGCCGUUGAGGCAAGAGGAUGAUGGGGUGACAGCGUAA